AUGCAGUCCAUCCUCCAAAAAGCCACUGGCAUCGGCCCCAAGCCCGUCCAGCCCGAGGGCCUCAAUGGCCGCGUAGCCGUCGUAACCGGCGGCGCCUUUGGCAUCGGCUUCGAAGUCUCGCGCGCCCUGGCCAACGCCGGAUGCCGGGUAAUCAUGGUGAACCGCAAAGAGGAGCAAGGCGAGGACGCCAAAGCGACCAUCACCGCCGAAUCCCCCGGAGCCGUCGUCGAAUGGCGCGAAUGCGACAUGGGCAACCUCUCGCAGGUCCGCUCCGUCUUCUCGACACUCCGCGAAGAGCUCGACCGGCUCGAUUUCCUGGUCCUGUCAGCGGGCAUCAACACGAACCAGUACGGCCUGGACGCGGACGGGAUCGAUCGCCAUUUCGGCGUGAACUAUCUUGGACAGUAUUAUGUUGUCAACCAGCUGUACCCUGUCCUGAAGAAGACGAGCAAGUUGCCCAACACGCCUGCGCCAAGGGUGGUCUUUGAGGCCAGCGAGAUGCAUCGGACGGCGCCGAGCGCAGUGCACUUUGCUAGCUUGGACGAGAUCAACAACCCGGAGCUGGGCCCGACGGAGUUGUAUGGCCGCACCAAGCUGGCGCUGAUUCUGUUCAACAAGUACGGGCUGGCGGAGAAGGUGAUCAAGAAAAACGGGGACAAAAUUUACGCGAUUGCAGUGCAUCCUGGAGCUGUCAACACCGCCAUGCAGCAACAAUGGAAGGACGCCUACCCCGGCAUCACCGGCAAGCUUCUCACAUGGUCCAUGCUGGCCUUCGGCCGUGACGUGAAGCAGGGUUCUUACAGUGCCUUGUGGGCGCUUACCGACCCCAAGAUCGAGGAGCAGAACCUUAACGGCCACUAUUUCUCGGACGUAGAUCAGCCCGGAAAGGAAACUUCCCAGGCUUCCGACCCCGUUCUUGGCCAGGCUCUCUGGGAUCUGAGCGAGCGUAUCGUCAAGGAUAAGCUUGGCGAGGAUGCUUUGGUUGACUGGUACUCUGCCUAG